AUGGCGUCGUCGUACAGUACAAGAAGUUCAAGAGGACCAAAAAGUUCAGCUGACGAUGGAGGAUUCCAGAAGGGAUUUUAUGGAAUCAAUGGCACUGUUCACAACAAAGGAAUAUCAUUGUUGAAGAAGAAAAAGAAGAAACUGCACUAUGAAGAUGAUAUUCGGGCAAAUUGCAAAAAUAUGGAUCACUACAAGGACUCGGCAGAUAAACUUCAUUCUGCACUUAUGCUUCUUCUGGUUGAAAGUAAAGCUUCCGCUGAUUCGCUCGCAACCUCUUCGAUUCCCUCGAAAAUUCCUGUAGACCCUGGUUAUCAACACUGUUCGGAUUAUCUUGCAGUUUACGAGAGUAUUCAAAAACAUGGUUUGAAAGAACUCAAACUCGAUUCAUUGGAUCCAAUAGUGAAAGCAACAAAGAAAUUGGCAGAUGAGCAGGAAAAAUAUGUUCGUAUGCAACUGGAAACACUGAAACCUCUUACCAAAUUUAUUUCGGAUGAGUAUUGGGAGUUUGCAAAGGCCAAGUAUGUCUAUCAAAACGCACUGGAGAAGUUUGAGAACAACGCUAAUGGAAACAAAUCCAUUCGGCCGGGAUCAAUGGAACCGAGUGCUUCUGGGUUAUCUGUGGAAAAAACAAAGGACGAUGCAAAGUCAAAGAUGAUGGUUAUCCUAAACAAGAUCACGGUCAAGAAAGAAAGUCAUGCAUUGUGUGUAAUCCAAUUCUCCAAACAAGCUUCCGAUUGGCACAAAAAUGUUGGAGUGGUUCUGGCACCUUUCAACACCAAGCCAACUGAAGAAUACAAACCAAAAGCAGGAGAAGGAGAAGCAAAGUCAGUAGUUCAUUCCAGUCGUAACAAGAAAGUUCAUCGGAAAACGAGCAAAGAGAAUAGUAGCCGUUGA